AUGAAUUAUAUAAUUUUAUAUGUUUCCUAAUAGAAUUCAUCGGUUUUCACAUGCACGGGUAUGUUAUAAUUAUAAAUAUAUAUUUAUUGGGGAUUUAAAACAGAAGUAUCUUUUAAAAAAUCAUCAUUAAAGCAGAACGUGUUAAAGCUUCCAAAGCAUAUGAUUCGAUCAUUGAAAUAGAAAAAGCAUUCUAGAAAGUUUAAAAAUUCUGACGAUAUUACUGAGCCUCACGCAAAACUAUUACUGGAACGUUUCCCAUAUUCUAUAAAAGAUCUAUAAUUCAGGGAAGUUCCGACGUUGCACGUUAACUAAGACUUCUUUUAGGAUCCCUUUAAGACAAUAGAUGAUCUUUAUGCCAAAGGGUAUGAGAAAUUCGGAAUAGUGAAAUUGCUUUUGCCUUCUGAGUUAAUAGUUCCAGAAAAAAAAUUCUUUAGUGACUUGGAGCAGAAGUUGAAAGGGAAGAGAGUGGAGACACGAGUGUAGACUUUAAAUUAAUAACAGGCCGGGGAGAUAUUUGGCUCAAAUACUGUAGGAUACACCUUGCAAGAGUAUAUGAGUUACGCCAACAAGUUUGAAAGUAGUCACAAGUUAUAGGGAGUAAGGGAAGUUUCAAAUCAAAUCAGAUAGAAUGAGAUAGAAUUCUGGUCAAUAGUCGACUUUCCAGACAGGUAUAGUGAAGUAGAAGUGGAGUAUGCUGCUGAUUUGUUGGCAACUAAGUACGCCACUGGCUACCAAGAUGGCUAGUUGGGAAAUCUGAGUAACAUAAACAAGAAUUGCAAUUCUAUCUUUCAGGUUCUCCAAGAGAAGAGUGAGAUGAGUGGAAUUUCAGUGCCUUGGUUGUACUUGGGAAUGAAGUAUGCUAACUUCUGUUGGCAUAAGGAGGACUUGAAUUUAAAUUCCAUGAACUACAUGCAUGCCGGUGCUCCCAAAACAUGGUAUGCGAUACCUCCCUCUCACAGUGAAAAGUUUUUACAAUAUUUCAAUAAGAAGUAUGAGAAAGAAAGAAUACAUAACCCUCGUCUCUUGUACGACAUCGUGUGUCAGAUUUCGCCUAUCGAGUUGGCCGAACAAUAAAUUACAAUCCUCAGGACAGAACAGCACCCUGGUGAACUUAUUAUCACUCUGGGUGCUACCUAUCAUGCAGGAUUCUCACAUGGAUUCAAUUGCAGCGAGGCUGUCAACGUUGCUCCUACACAAUGGCUUGAUGAAUAUGAACGUGCUUCAACUGAGUAUCGUAUGGAUGGCAACCUUAAAAAGGUAAUCCAUCCCUUCUCAUUCUGUGUAGGUUAGUUUUCCAUUGGAGUGGCUACUAACCAAAGUUGUUCUUAUGGCAGAUCAAGUCAAAUUUACUAAACAAUCAUGGAUUAAGGUAUGCUUGUUAUGCUAAUAUUAAGAUAUUCGACAAAUUUAAAGUGA